UUUAACUCUUCUCCUUCCCUCUCUCUCUCUGGAUCUCCCCACACACACAAACACCACACAGUGCGUGCGAUGAUCCGCCAUUGAUAAAAUCCAAGCUCAGAUCCUCACUGCCGACCAAUUCGCACACGCAAAAGCGCUCAUAUCUAUCCACAUGUCUCGUCCACCGAACCACGAGUUCCAGGAAUGGUGGAACAAGCAGCGCUCGAAGGAGACCGCCGACGACUCCGCGGCACCUUCCACCGCCGCCGAGAGCCUCAGAUUCCUGUCAGUGGACGUCCAGGCCCCCGCAUCCCCCGCCGCGGCGGCCGAGAAGGACCGCUCGCGCAGCGCGCGGCAGCUCUCCUGGAUUUACCUCCUCAAGCUGCACAAAAUCGCGCACUCGUUCGCGUUCCUCACCGGAGGCUGCGUGACGCUCGUGCGCACCGCGAAUCGGCGGAUCGCCACCGCGCCGGCGGGGAAUCGGGCGGAAUCGAAGCUUUACAGGAUCAUCAAGUUGUUCCUGGCGCUGAGCGUCUUCCUCCUCGCGUGCGAGCUCGUCGCGUACUUCAAAGGAUGGCAUUUCAGUCCUCCGAGCUUGGAAUCGGAAAUCGAGGACUCGGUGGAGUAUGUUUACGCGAAGUGGUUGAAGAUUAGGGCGGAUUAUUUGGCGCCGCUGCUGCAGAACCUGACGAAUGUGUGCAUCGUCCUGUUUCUGAUUCAGUCUGUGGAUAGAUUCGUUUUGGUGUUCGGUUGUUUAUACAUUAAGAUUAGAGGAUUGAGACCUGUAGCAGAGACGGAUUAUAGCGGAGAUGAUGAGAAGGAAGGCCGGGAUUUGGAGAGGUAUCCGAUGGUAUUGGUUCAGAUACCAAUGUGCAAUGAGAGGGAGGUAUACCAACAAUCUAUUGGAGCAGCAUGUGUCCAGGAUUGGCCUAAGGCAAGAAUGCUUGUACAGGUAUUAGAUGAUUCUGAUGAUACAGAUGUUCAAAACCUUAUUAAGGCGGAAGUACAGAAAUGGCAACAGAGUGGCGUGAACAUAAUUUACAGACAUCGUCUCAUUCGUACAGGCUACAAAGCAGGGAACCUUAGAUCUGCAAUGAGUUGUGAUUAUGUGAAAAAUUAUGAGUUUGUAGCAAUAUUUGAUGCGGAUUUUCAGCCGGGUCCAGAAUUUUUGAAGAAAACUAUUCCAUACUUUAAGGGCAAAGACGACCUUGCUUUGGUGCAAACAAGGUGGGGUUUUGUCAACAAGGAUGAGAAUUUGCUUACAAGAUUACAGCACAUAAAUUUGGCCUUCCAUUUUGAAGUAGAACAGCAGGUCAAUGGGUGGUUUAUCAACUUUUUUGGCUUUAACGGCACUGCUGGUGUUUGGAGAAUCAAAGCCCUAGAAGACUGUGGUGGCUGGCUAGACAGAACAACUGUUGAAGACAUGGAUAUUGCUGUCCGGGCCCACUUGUGUGGUUGGAAAUUCAUUUAUCUAAAUGAUGUUCAGUGCCUCUGCGAACUUCCUGAGUCGUAUGAAGCAUACAAGAAACAACAACAUCGCUGGCAUUCAGGACCCAUGCAAUUAUUCCGUUUGUGUUUCUGGGAUGUAGUGCAUUCCAAGGUGAGUUUCCUCAAGAAAGUGAACCUGAUAUUUCUCUUCUUCCUCCUCCGGAAGCUUAUCCUACCGUUCUACUCGUUCACCCUGUUCUGCAUUAUUCUCCCUCUCACCAUGUUCCUUCCUGAAGCUCAGCUCCCAGCCUGGGUUGUCUGUUACAUUCCUGGACUGGUCUCGAUACUAAACAUCCUCCCAUCACCACAAUCAUUUCCAUUCAUCGUGCCAUACCUUCUGUUCGAGAACACCAUGUCUGUCACCAAAUUUAACGCCAUGAUAUCAGGCCUCUUUCAGUUAGGAAGCUCUUAUGAGUGGAUAGUCACCAAGAAAUUGGGCAGAUCAUCAGAAGCAGAUCUGCUCUCCAUCGUCGAAAAUGAGCCCGCCACUCUGCAUAGAUCCUCCUCCAUGCAAAGAUCCUCAUCUGAAUCAGGUCUCGCUGAGCUGAACAAGCUGGAGAUGGCAAAGAAAAGCGGGAAGAAAAAGAGAAAUCGUCUAUACCGGAAGGAACUCGCCCUCGCACUCAUCUUACUCACAGCCUCAGUGAGAAGCCUGAUGUCUGCCCAAGGAAUCCACUUCUAUUUCCUCCUGUUUCAAGGGAUCACUUUUCUCGCCGUUGGUCUCGACCUGAUCGGAGAGCAAGUGAGCUAAUCUCACCAUAAUCCUGCAUAAGUGUUGUACGUUGAUCUGUGAUGUGACAAUUGAUCUGUCCGGAUAUUCGUCAGAGCCGCAUACAGGUUCAUUACUAUCAUGAUUCAUUUUAAGAUUUUUCGUCUUGCUAUGGAGAAACCUGUGUGGAUAUUGAUUGUUUCUGCUAUGGUUGAAAAUGGGAUAUGAUGAAGAUGUAAGAUAGUGGCAGAAUAGUUGGAGUGAUUUAUAUGGUGUAAUUUAUGUUACUCAUGGGUGAGUUACAGGACUAUUUUCCUAUGUUACAUAUUUUCCCAUUCUUUAAUGUAGUAAUAGACCAGAUGAUGAUGUACGAUUAUUUUUAUGAUUCCAACUCAGAAAAUGAAGCAUUUUCACCUUGAUCAACA